AUGAGGCUUUUCAUACUCGCUUUAUCGGUGGCUGUAUGCGUGAGCGGUGGUUUGGUUGGAGGUCGCAUUGGCUCCGUCAAGGAAAAUGUGACAAACGAGAUCCUUGGAUGUAGUAUGCUCGAAUUCCGAAAAAGGCUGGCAGCAUACGAAGAAAAGCAUCCGGAAGAACUUGAGCUGAGCGAAGAGCAAAGAAGAAAACUUGCGGAAAAAUUGAAAACACUCAAAAGGAAGACUGUUGGGAAAAGUCUUAAUGAAGACUCGAUUGAAACGAUUAACAUGAAAAGCCACGUUGCAGACAUGUUGUUCCAGGGUGAUAUGGUCCUUUCGAAGGAACAACAGGAUCAAAUCCUUGAGGACGUUGCUCACACUCGCGGUAAGCGACAGGCUCGUAGUAACAAAACCUACCGGUGGCAUGAGGGAGUGAGCUACUUUUUCGACGACAGCGCAAAUGAUGACGUCCGUAGGAUUUUCAAGAAAGCGGCUAAGCAGUGGAUGGAUAGCACAUGUGUCGACUUCAAAGAGAGCAAAUCUGAUCAGCGCAUGGUUCAUUUAAACAGUAGAGGUUUAGCUAAGGACAGAAUUGGUGUAUUUAUGGGAAACGGAUGUUGGUCGUAUGUUGGCAAAAUCGGAGGGCUGCAGAACCUUUCACUUGGUAAAGGCUGUGAAGAGUUAUGGAUAUGGCUCAAUUCCUCUUACUGGAAAUUCAAAUCCCUCACCUUUCUUUUGGAUACAAUGUUCAACUGGCAAAUUUUUUUCCUUGUACAAAGAUUUUCUUCUGUUCAGAUCAGAAUAGCUGCACAUGAAAUUGGUCAUGCUCUUGGAUUCUUUCAUACUCACAAUAGACAUGACCGAGAUGAUUACAUCACCGUUGAUAUAGGGAACAUCAAGCCUGAUAAGAUAAGCCUGUUCGAAACGUUGUCGAAGGUAAACAAUAACAAUUAUGGUGUACCAUACGACUACGGUAGUGUAAUGCACUACGGGGCUUCAAGCAACGCUGUUGACGACGAAAAGCUCGUUGUGGUACCCAAGGAUUUAAACUACACAGAAACGCUCGGAUCACCCCACAUUAGUUUCUACGACAUUUAUAUGAUGAACAUCCACUAUAACUGCUUAGAUGACGGGCUUGCUUAUGCAUUUCAGAAAAUUCUUUGGAUGUGUCAAAAAACACAAUGUUCCAGAACGAUGCGAAGGCGUAAACACCCGAUGCCGGAAUGGCGGAUUCGCUCAUCCUCGUGCAUGCAACAAAUGCGUCUGUCCACAUGGAUACGGUGGAAAACUCUGCAACAGAAGAGUAAAUGUCUUUUUCAGCUUAAACUCCCACAUAUUUCGAAAUUUUUCUCCAGACAAAGGGAUGCGGUAAGAAAAUGA